GGAGUCAGGAGGGGGGAAAAGGGGGAGUGUUUCUUUUAAAAAGAGAGUGAGAUUGGAGAGGAGGACACAGGCACUCCAAACCCUGUCUGUGCUUGGUAUAUUAGGCAGCCAGUGCUCUUGGCUGUGAGCCCAGACGAGGCUUUUGUAAUCAAAACAUGAUCUUGUAUGCUGUGCAACCAGUGCUGAGAAAGGCCGUCUGAUGGCUCUCCUCUUUUAGCUCUGCUCUGGAAUCCGCCGGGCUGCGCCGAUGUCCAACAUGCACCGAGCUGAUGCUGCUGUGGAUGAUGUCGUGUUAAGGAAGAAAGAGCAGAAAGAUGUUGAGCUCGAUAAGAAAAUCUUGGCCUUGCGGAAAAAGAACGAAGCGCUGAUCCGAAGGUACCAGGAAAUAGAAGAGGACAAAAAGCGAGCAGAGCAGGAGGGAAUGGCUGUUACCUCCAGGAGACCCAAGCAGGAUGGACUCACUAUUACCAUCACCAAAGCUCACAACGACCUGAAAGAUGCAAUUACCCAGACUGAACACUAUGGACAAGAUAGCCCAGCCCUCCCGAUGGACAAAAGGGUGGUGAGUGAGAAAUGGGCAAGCCCCUGUCCUACGACCACUGGGUUCGGCAUUGGCAGUGAGGAGGAGGAGGAGGAGGAAGCAGAUCAUAUGUUCACAUUCAGGAUGGGGAAGAGGAUGCAGCUGGCUGUUACCAUGGACAACAAAGCAAAGGGCAAGCGGAUCGUCAGCGAGAAACGUGCCGAGAGCUUCCCCGGCCCGGGCCGGGUGCCAGAGCUGGGCGAGGAGGACACGGACCACUUGGUGGCUUUCCGGCGGGGCAGGAGGAUGCAGAUUGCCAUCACCAUGGAUAACAAGGAAAAGGCAGAGGAGCGGAGAACAGCAGAGAAGAGGAGAUCAGACAGUGACAGAGGCCCAGAAAGUGAGCACAGCCGGAAGGAUAGUGGGAAGUCAGUGCAGAAGAGCCCUGGAGACGGGAGUUUCCCCCUGACUGGCCGGGAACGCUCGGAGUACAUCCGCUGGAAGAGGGAGAGGGAGCAGAUUGACCUGGAGCGCCUGGCACGGCACAAGAACGCCAAGGGCGAGUGGCGGCGGGCUUGGGAUGUGGAGAAGUCGGAGCACAUGUUUGAAGAGGACUUUGUUAAGGAUGGGGAGCCAGCCUUGGAUAAUCCCAGCAAUAAGAAAGGGGGAAGAAAUGCAAGGAAAUUUCAGCACAGGUCCUUUCCUGCCGAUGGCAGAGGUGGAGGACACCACGGGGUGAACGUGAGCGACCCUGGCCCGAAGGCAGUGCCCGCGGUGAGCAGCCGUGCCAAGGGGAAGGACAGACUGACGGGCAGAGCCAGGAGGUGGGAUGCAAAAGAAGGCGAGGACAUGUCUUUUCUGAAGGAUGACCUUGAUGGCCAGAGGAGCCUUGGUGUGGACAAGCGGAAGAGCAGAGGAGAGGAGGGGGUGGAAGAGAACUGCACAGCUGAGCAGGAGGAGAAGGGGAAGCAGCCAAGCCUCCAGGAUCACGGGGCCUCCUCGUCCCAGCGGCUCCGAAGGGAAGGGGGGAAGGUCCAUCCUGCCCACAACGGGCAGAAGGAGGAGCGGAGAGGGGUGAAGGGCUGCAGCACAGAGGUGUCUGUGACCAGCACAGGGGACUCAGAGCCAGGGCCCAAGCCAAGCAAGGAAAGUGUUGGGGAAGAUGCCAGUGGGAAGCCUGGCACUGCUGACACCUCCCAGGAGAAGGAGAGCACUGGCAGCACUGCUCCUGCGAGCAGCCUCCCAAGCACUGUGCCAGCCACCAGCGAGGAGACUUUGUCCCUGCCCAUGGGAGCGAAUGUAGAUGGAGCUGGAUCAGAGAAAAACCCAGUUUCACAACAGGAGUCCUCCCAGGACUCCUCAAACUGCCACGGAGAACAGCUGGACACAGCAGCAGGAGACAGACUGGAUGCAGAUCAAGGACAGCUGGUGAGCAGAGGAGGGGAGGAAAUGACCCAAAGCACUGCCCUGGAGGGGCAGGCACUUGUACUGAAAGGAGAAGAUGCUGAAGGCACUGAACACCAGGAGCCUUUGCCCCCAGGGAAAGCCAGCUCUGACAAGACUGUUGUGCCUGAGCAGGACACAGCAAAGUCCCAGUCCGGAGAAGGGGACCAGCCUGAGGACUGCAAGGACAAGGACACUGGGGAUGCCCUCAACUAGCACAGGUUACACCGGCUUGCCUGAGACAGAAGGAUAACGUGCUGGAGGCGGUGGAGGAGAAGAGAAGAGGAGCACAAGCUUGUCCUCACUCUUUUACCUUCUAUGAAAUCAGCUUUCAGCACCUGCCCUGUGCCCAGCACCACCCCACUCACAGUUCUGGCAUCCCCCUUCCCUCUCCAUCUGCCAGAGGACAGGGAAGGGUGCCCACACUCCCACCCUACAGCAAAAACCACCAUCACUUAUCUCUUUAUUUGUUUGGCCUAUAUUGCAGCUGCGUGGCAAGCCAAGGAAAUGUCUACUGGAUGCACUUUAUUUAAUUUAAUGACUAAUUCUGUGUAGAGUUAAGGUUUGGGUUUCUGGGCACAGUUUUCUGCCCUGGAGGCUGGAGGGACCUGCCCGUGUCAGGGCUGUGCCAGAGCCUGGAGCAGCGGGAAGGGGUGGUGUGUGAGGGUGUAGUUCAUAGGUGGGUGCAGAAAUAGCGUUCAGAGCUCUGGUACUAGAGGUUUGCACGUGGUUGAAGUGUUGGCAGAGGUGUACAGUAGUGGCAGGGCUGUGGAUGGAUGGAUGGAUGGAUGGAGCACAGCCAUGGGGCACACAACUCCAUGUGCCAAGCACAGAUGCCCCCCAGCAUCUCCUCCCUGAAGAGCCUCCAGCUCUCCCCUGCCAGAGGCUGAGGAGCACAUCAGAACACUGCUGUGUGCCAAGGAAGGGGGUCUUGGGUUGAGCAGGGGUGGGCACAGCUCAGCAAACUGUGCCCGCUUCCCAAGGGCACUGGUAACAGGGCACCCCUGCAGCAGGGCAAUCUCCUCCUACACCACACUGCCCAGAGCAGUGCCAGCAGGACCCAGGCCACACUGGACCUGGAGGCCCAAGACUUCCUAUCAGCUUUCACCUGCCUGGUUGUGCCUUCUGUAGCCUUGUGCUUGAAUUAAGAGGGCAGGAGUCCUCUGGAAGCUGCUCCACAGACCUUCUGAGCUGGCCUUAAAGACACCUUUCAAAUGCAGGAUCUGGAGAAGCAUUUACAAGCACAAACGUGCAGCAAUUCCAGCUGCUUGGAUUUCCAGUCACAGCAAGCUGGGACCUAGCUGGAAUACAGCUACCAGUUAAGGAGAAGGCACAGGGGAUAACACAGCAGGAUUUCUGACAUGGGAACGACACAGCAGAGAGGGCAUCGCCUUGGAGGUGCUGCUGUAAAACCUGACGCCAGAGUAAAGUCCCUGGGCUGGGUGUGUGGAGACUGCCUGGAAUGCCCUGCAGGACCUGCUCUGACCAGGCUGCCAGACUGCCCUGGAGACCAGGCUGGCACAAGUGGACUGAAAUACUCAAUGCUGCUUUCAUAAACUAAUAUUUGCACACAUAAACAUUUGGUUUAUGACAGACCCACAGCACCUACCGUGAAGCACAAGCCUGGGAAUUUCUUCCACAUGCCAAAUUCAGGAGAGUUUACUGGCUUCACACCAGGUAUUGUCAAGAAACAGAGCGUGCAGCCUUUGUGUUUUAUCAGUAGAAACAUCUUCACCCCACCAAAGCCCAGAUGGGUUUAUUUGGAUUUACUCAGCAGAUAAAUAAAAGAUUGUAAAAUUGCUCCAGGUCCUGGAGCUCCUCCAUCACUGUUAAACGCUCAUUUUCCUUAUCUGACUGCCUCAAAAGCCUGCUUACAAUUGUUUAGUUUGUUAAUUUAUUAUUAUUUUGUACAUCAGGUCUCUGACCUCACUCUUGGUCCAGUCAGCCUGAGUCAUUACCAGCAUUUCCCAGGAGCCACUUUGCCUCCUGGUCCAUGGAACACACAGUCUCAGCUCAGGAGCUGCUGCACUCCAGAGCAGUCAGACACAGCCAGGCAGGGAUCUCCCAUUGCCCUGGUCCAGCACUGUGCUGGAGAGAUAGGAAACCUUAUUGCCCUAGACUGUUCUGAAAGGAAAACCAUCACUGUUCCUCCAUUCCCUCCUUUUCCUCCUGCAAAGCCAAGUGACUUUGCAGCUACUGAUGCCCAGGAAGGACUGAGUCUGGAUCCAGGCUCCAGGGAUGGGGCUGGGCAGGUUGUGCCUGUUCCAAGUGUAAUUUUUUCCUGCUCAUUAACACUUUGCUCGAUGCACUUUGGUUGGUGCCUGGGUUGUGAUUUUUCAGACAACUGUGGCUUAGCUGCUGCUUCUUUUAUGGUGAGAGAAAAGACUGAGAAGUUGACAAAUCUGAUGUAGAGGGAUUAUUUAUAUGAAAUAAAAGUUGGAAUGAGGAAAAA